AUGUACACGGUGAGGCUGACUGUUCUAAGCUUAUUUGUUACUACAGUCUAUGGAGGAAAAGAUAAACCAGUUUUCAGUGAGGAAAUCAAAGAAAUAAUACAAACUGUUCACGACGAGUGUGUCGGCAAAACAGGGGUUUCUGAGGAGGAUAUAACGAAUUGCGAAAACGGCAUAUUUAAGGAGGACCCGAAAUUGAAGUGCUAUAUGUUUUGUCUGAUGGAGGAAGCGAGUCUUGUGGACGAUGAUGACACGGUGGAUUACGAUAUGUUGGUCAGUCUGAUACCUGAAGAAUACUUUGAAAGAACAUCAAAAAUGAUAUUUGCUUGUAAACAUCUCGAUACACCGGAUAAAGAUAAAUGCCAGGGAGCUUUCGAUGUUCAUAAAUGUUCAUAUGAAAAGGAUCCAGAUGUAAGCUAA